GAAGCUGUAGUAAUAAAUAGUGAUUAAUUACAUAAAAGAAACAGUUGUUAUCGUUGAUUUCAAAUCAAAUUAAAAAGGCACCGCUUCGUUUUGUAUAUAACCAUAAACAAUUUACCCAAAAUCCUCUCUGCUAAGGAUUGAGGGUUCAUCCAUUCGUCAAAGCAAAUUCUUACGAAAAUAAUUCAGGUAAAGGGGAUUAUUGUGCAGGUUUUAGUUUUAAUAAGUACUAAUUUGUUGAAUGAUAUCAUUCUUCAAAGUUAGCAAUGAGCCACAACUCAUCAUCUUUGGGGAGACCAACUUCAGGUAAAAGAAGAUUGAAAGAUCUUUUGGUUCAACGAGAUAAUCGUGUAUGCGCAGAUUGUGGUUCUCCAGAUCCAAAAUGGGCGUCGGCAAAUAUCGGAGUUUUUAUAUGCUUGAAGUGCUGUGGUGUCCACAGAAGCCUUGGUACACAUAUUUCAAAGGUUUUGUCUGUGACAUUAGAUGAAUGGUCCGAUGAUGAAGUUGAUUCAAUGAUUGAGGUUGGUGGAAAUGCGUCUGCAAAUUCCAUUUACGAAGCUUAUAUUCCCGACGGGGUGUCAAAGCCUGGACCCGAUGCUAGCCACGAAGUACGUUCGAAGUUUAUCAGGUCUAAGUACGAGCAUCAAGAAUUUUUGAAACCUAGCCUGCGAAUUCAUUCUACUUCUUCUUCAACAAAGCAUUCUUUGCAAGCAAGCUUGUCAAGAAAGAUUAUGGACAGCUUUCGAAGUUCGGGUUCAUCAGAAAAAUCAGUAGGCAUGGUGGAGUUUAUCGGCAUGUUGAAGAUUAAAGUAAUUAAAGGAGUAAAUUUAGCUAUUCGAGAUAUGCUAUCAAGUGAUCCGUAUGUCGUUUUGACACUCGGGCAGCAGAAAGCACAAACAACUGUGGUGAAGAGCAAUCUAAAUCCCGUCUGGAACGAGGAACUUAUGCUUUCUGUCCCACAAAAUUAUGGCCCAAUAAAACUGCAAGUAUAUGAUUACGACACGUUUUCAUCUGAUGAUAUAAUGGGGGAGGCGGAGAUAGAUAUACAGUCGAUGAUAACUUCUGCAACAGCGUUUGGAGACAUUGGAAUGUUUGGAAAUAUGCAGAUUGGAAAAUGGUUAAAAUCGCACGAUAAUGCCCUAAUCGAAGACAGCACUGUUAACAUUGUCGACGGGAAAGUGAAGCAGGCCGUUUCACUCAAGCUCCAAAACGUCGAAUCUGGAGAUAUAGAUCUUGAACUUGAGUGGAUUCCCCUUGAUCAAUAAUUUGUGUCUGUGUGUGUAUAUACAUUUUCGUUUUUCCGUUUUACUCGAAAAUUUAUUUCGUUGUGUACGGUAAGUUAUUUAACCGGAAACUUGCAUUUCUUGACUUUGGGUUUUUUUUUUUUUUUUUAAAUUUGAGAAAUGUCACGGGAGUUGUAUAUUUUUGUCACAAGUUUAAUUAACUCAGAAACUUUUGUUUGAUGGUGAA